CAUCCAUCCAUCCAUCCAUCUUCGUAUGCUUACCCGGGGUCGGGUCGCGGGGGGCAGCAGCUCCAGCAGGGGGACCCCCAAACUUCCUGUUCCCGAGCCACGUUAACCAGCUCUGACUGGGGGAUCACCGAGGCGUUCCCAGGCCAGUGAAACGAAUAAACACAGAAUGAGGAACUUCACCUUGAUAACAGCUUUACUUCUCUGCAGCCUCAGCUGGAUCUCUGUCUCAGCUUCUGAGUCUCACACUGUGGAGGUCCAGUCUGGUGGAGACGUCUCUCUGAUGUGCUCCAACAUUUCCAGCACUCCAACUCAGACAGAAUGGUUCAGAGUGAUCAACAGAACCAAGACCAGCUGCGUCUCCUCUAUGUACGGGUCUGAUAGCGAAGCCUCGUACUGUGAUGGAUUUCAAAAUGGAUUUGAGAUGAGCUCCAACAUCUCUACUAUCUUUCUUAACAUCACAAGAGUGAAUUCCUCUGACUCUGGACUGUAUUUCUGUGGAUGUAACAAAAUCAACCAUACAGUCCUUGUCAAUGCUACAUAUCUACAAGUCCAAGGUGUCAGUGAAUCUGAUAUUGGAGUGGAUUCAAAUACUGAAAAGGGGUCUGAUGGAAUGACAAACGUCAUGUAUGUGAUCCUGGGUGUUCUGACUGUUUUCCUCACUAUAGUUAUCAUUGUUCUGACUGUUAAAAACAGGAAACUUCAGACAGGUACAGCUGAUCUAUAAUUUGAUGCACAUGAUGGAUAAAUCCAAAGCAAA